AUGAGUGUAGGCAAACAAUCCAAGGCAACAGCCGAUGAAAUAUGGAAGUCAAGAAUCGAAAAGAUUAAUGGCGAGCUAUUUACACUUACAUAUGGCUCAGUAGUCGCCCAACUCAUCAAGGACUAUGAAGAUUACGCUGAAGUCAACAAGCAAUUAGAGAAGAUGGGAUACAACAUUGGCGUCCGUCUAAUCGAAGACUUUCUCGCCAAAGCAAACAUAUCUAAAUGCUCGGAUUUCAAAGACACCGCAGACAUGAUUGCCAAGGUCGGAUUCAAAAUCUUUCUGGGAAUCACGCCUCAGGUUACGCAUUGGGCCGCUAAUGGCAAGGAAUUCUCGUUAUUGUUGGAUGAUAAUCCGUUGGCGGAUUUUGUGGAAUUGCCUGAUGAUGCUGGGGACUUGUAUUAUUCGAAUGUAUUGUGUGGUGUGUUGAGGGGUGCUCUUGAAAUGGUACAACUACAAGUAGACUGCCAUUUCGUACAGGACGCUCUCCGAGGUGAUGAAACAACAGAGAUCAGAGUCAAGCUCAUCAAAGUGCUGGAAGAAGAAGUUCCAGCUGGCGAAGACUGA